AUGGAAGAGGAAUUGGCAGCUCCUUCCACAUCCACGGACAAGACGGAGAGUAUGGAUGUGGAUGCAGAAUCUAAGAAACUAUUGGGUUUAGGACAGAAACACUUGGUGAUGGGAAAUAUUCCAGCUGCUGUUAAUGCAUUCCAAGAAGCUGCAAGCUUACUGGGUAAAAAAUAUGGUGAGACAGCGGAUGAGUGUGCAGAAGCUUUUUUUUACUACGGAAAAUCUCUCUUGGAGUUGGCAAGAAUGGAAAAUGGUGUGCUGGGAAAUGCCUUAGAAGGGGUGCAGGUUGAAGAGGAAGGAGAAAAAGCUGAAGAUGAUUCAACGUUACCAGCUGUUGAUGAAGAAGCAAGGGAGGAGUUGAGAGAACAGGUAUAUAACGCCAUGGGGGAAAAAGAAGCCAAAAAGUCUACAGAAGAGACUCCAGUAUUAUCUGAGAAGGAAAUCAAAGAGGAGGAUGUUGAAAUGAAAGAGAUCACAGAAGAAAAAACAACUGAAAAAGCAAUUUCUGACAAUGACCUAAAGCUUGAAGAGGCUGAAGAGAAGAUGGAGACUUCUGCAGAGAAAGGAGUAACUUCAGAAGGGCAGAAGCAGCAGGUAGCUGUGGAGAAAGAGGCUACAAAACAGGAGGCAGCUGUAGAAGAGAAAGUAGUGGAAAAAGAGCAGAUGAUUGUGUCUGAAGACAAGGUAGCAGAGGCAACUGAGGAGCAGAGAACAGCAGUGUCGGACAAGGAGGCAAAGUUAGUUGUGGAAGAGGCUGAAGCUGGAGCAGCAUCUGUGGAAGAGAAGGGAGAGGCAGGAGAGCAGACAGCAGAAGCAACAGAAAAAGAGCCAGCUGUGGAAAAGGGAGAGGCUGUAGAGGGGCAGGCGGAGGCAGCUGUGGAAGAAAAGGCAGUAGAAAGAGUGACAGCAGAAGCACAGGCAGCAGUUGCUGUGGAGCAGAAAGAAGCUGCAGAAGGGGAAGCAGAGAUAGCUGAACAGAAGAAGGUGGAAGAGAAACAAGAGCCAGUAGAGACGGCCCCAGAAGAGAAACAAGAUCAAUCUAAAGAGACGAAGUCCUCAAAGGAACCUGUGUCCACAGAGGGUAAAGAACCAUCUAAUGAUGUGGAAGAAAAGGCUGAUGUAGCUGCUAAGGUAGAAAAAGAGGAAAAGAAGGAUGACCUAAUGGAAGAGAGUGAAGGUGCUAAGGUAGAAAAAGAAGAGAAAGAUGACCUGAUGGAAGAGGGAGAAGAAACAGAAGAAUCUGAAGAAGAAGAUAAAGAAAAUGAUAAGGCUGAAGAUGAUAAGGAGAAUGAAUUGACAGUGGAAGACAAGGAAAGUGAGGAGGAUGAGAUUGGAAAUCUGGAGCUAGCCUGGGACAUGCUGGAGUUGGCAAAAGUCAUCUACAAGAGACAAGAAACAAAAGAAGCUCAGCUCCAUGCAGCUCAAGCUCAUCUAAAGCUAGGAGAAGUCAGCAUUGAAUCUGAAAACUACUCACAGGCUAUUGAAGAGUUUCAGGCCUGCCUGUCCCUGCAGCAGAAGUACCUGGAGGCUCAUGACCGCCUGCUGGCUGAGAGCCACUACCAGCUGGCCCUGGCCUACCACUACAACAGCCAGUUCGACCAGGCGGUUCUGCAGUUCGGUAAAUCCGUGGAGGUCAUUGACAAGAGAAUGGCAAUGCUUACUGAGCGAAUAAAGAAGUCAGAAAGUGGGUCCCCUGAAGAUGAGAAGGAGAUUGAAGAACUGAAGGGACUGCUUCCUGAAAUCAAAGAAAAGAUAGAAGAUUCCAAGGAGUCUCAAAAGAGUGCAAGAGUAGCUGAGCUGGCACUGAAGGCAACUCUGGUUGGAACUACAUCUGGCUUUGCACAAAGUGAAGACAGUGGUUCUGUGUCCACAAUUCCAGUAAGAAAAGCAGCUGAUGGUGCAUCUCAGUGUGUUACAGACAUCUCUCACCUAGUCAGGAAAAAGAGGAAACCAGAGGAGGAGACUCAACAGGGAGACAAUGAAGCUAAGAAAGCUAAACCAGAGCCGGCUGUCAAUGGUGGUGGUGGUGAUGCUCCUCCCAGUGGAAAUGAGGUUGCAGAAAAAAUGGAAGAGGAGACAGAGAAAAGGCCACAAGCAGAAUCAGGGGCUGCAGUUGAAAGCACAGUAUGAUACUUGGACACUCCUCUCCUUACAAGGAAAAUGGUUUUGUAUAUAGUGUAUUUUUUCACUUUUUGGCAACUUUUGUAUGACUUCAAUAAAGAUUGUAAGCAAA